GCGGUUCGCAGCGGUUUGGCGAUGCGGGACCACUGCAAGUCCAAGUCGUUCCUGCUCGUGCAAGCCGACGUGGCGCGGACCCUCAACAUGCGCUCGGGCGAGGAGCUCAAGGAGGUCGCGCAAUCCUCCAAGACCUACAUAUACAUCGUCGACGUGCCUGUCUACAAGGACUGCCGCAUCCUCUGCAUCGCGGGCCUGCCGCAUGUGAUCGAAGCGGCCAUGCGAAUGCUCGUGCCACGCAUGCAGGAGAUCCUGCGCGCCAAGCUCAAGCCGACGUUCGAGACCGCCAAGUACCUGCACAACAAGUCGGUGGUGCACAUUCGAUCCGACUUUGCGGCGUACCUCUUGGAGCAUGCGUCCGCGCGCCUCCAGCACGUCGCCGACGCCACUCAUACGCACAUCUACAUUGAAGACGUCGAGGAGAUGGAGAUGGCGACGCCCCUGCGCCGGCUGCACGUUACGGGCGCGAUCGACAACGUCAAGGCCGCUUGCAAUCGGCUCCACCAAGUGCAGGUCGAGUUUGAGGCGUUGCCGUCGGACCCGACUCGCCUCGUGUAUACACUCCGCCUUAUCUUGCUCAACCGCGACGUAGCAGAAGUCAACAACAUGCGCAUGGUAUUGAGGUACGAACGGCUUCAAGUCGAGACCAAGGUGCUCAAGCAGGUGUCCAACCUUCCGAACAAGACGCUCUUUGUGCUGACGGGGACGCUCGAGAACCUGUACGCAGCCCACUUUGCGACGGUGCUCAAGAGCGUCGUCAACCUUCGGUUGAAGACGCUGUUUGUGCUCACAGGCGCGCUCGAGAACCUGUACGCAGCAUUCUUUGCGGCGGUCAAGGCGAUCGACGACAACUACAAACGCAUGCGACAGCGCAAAGACCAGCCACGCGACCGCGACUACUCGCCCGACCGGCCGUCCUACGACAAGAAGCAAGAGUACACGAGUGCCCGCCAUCCGAGCGAAGAGCGCUGGACGACCAAGGCUAUUCUGCCGACGCCGCCGCGCGUUGUGACCUCACCGCCACCGACCAACACGAGUCCGCUGGCGGUGCACGUGACGCCGGUCGUGCCACCUCCGGCCACGCCCUUCCAGUACCAACCAGUGCUCGCGCCCAUGCCGUCGGCGUGGACGGCGAGUGCGAGCGGGUGGAAGCUCCAUGAUGUUGUGCCUGCAUCCGACGCAUGGAGCCAAGACCUGGAUCGACUCCUUCAAACCGGACCCUCGCCUACCGCCGCCGCCGACAACAACAGCAUCGUUGACGUCAACAACACCGACGACGGCGUCAACGACAACCAGCACCAAGCCACCCCUCCCCAUUAA